AGAUUUCCACCCCAGGCACUCAGAUUCGACCUCAACUCCAAAAAAUUCCAUCGCCGACCUCACACCAGACCACCCCAACCCGCCCUCAAUCCCACCCCCCCGGCCAUCCACCAUGGCGCCCCGACUACCCCCGAGCUGCCUCCAGCUCCUCCGAUCGACGACGACAACGAUAUCAAACACCUGCUCCGCCGCCGCCAAUGCCUCGGCCGUCAUCGCCCCACGCCUUCAGCUCCUCCCUUUCACCGCGAAGCGCGGUGUAAAGUACGGCUGGUCGACGGCGCCCAAGCGCAGCAAGCCCACCCGUUUCAACCAGCCCACCGCGGGUCUCCCCGUUCUCACCACCGGUCCCGCCGCCGCCCUCGCUCGCCGCGAGAAGACGACGCCCCUCCGCACCGGCGUCCUCGCUGUCAAGAAGGGCAUGACGGCCAUCUACUACGGCAAGAAGCGCGUCCCCUGCACCGUCCUCCAGCUGGAUCAGGUCCAGGUCGUCGCCAACAAGACCCGCCCGGACAACGGCUACUGGGCCGUCCAGGUCGGCGCGGGUUCCAAGGAGCCGCGCAACGUCGAGAGGCCGAUGCUGGGCUACUACGAGGCCAAGGGCAUCGCGCCCAAGCGCCACCUGGCCGAGUUCAAGGUCCGCACCAAGGAAGGGCUGCUUCCCGUCGGCGCCCAGCUGUUCCCCGAUUGGUUCCAGACGGGCCAGUACGUCGACGUCCGCUCCAACAGCCGCGGCAUGGGCUUCGCCGGUGGUAUGAAGCGCCACGGCUUCGCGGGUCAGGAGGCGUCCCACGGUAACUCGCUCAACCACCGCACCAUCGGUACCACCGGCCCCUCGCAGGGUUCCGGUUCCAGAGUCAUGCCCGGAAAGAAGAUGCCCGGACGGAUGGGCAACGAGCGCGUCACGAUGCAGAACCUGACGGUGCUCAAGGUGGACAACGAGCUGGGCGUCGUGCUCGUCAAGGGCGCUGUCGCGGGUCCCAAGAACUGCAUCGUCAAGCUGCAGGACGCCGUCAAGAGGAAGGCGCCGGCGCUUCCUUACAGGCAGGAUAAGUUGAAGGAGCUGUUGGAGGCCAACGUGGACGGCGAGGCGAGAUUGCAGGAGGCCAGAGAGAGGCACUUGGAGCUGAAGAAGGAGAGGAAAGAGAUCCCGGCACUUGUAUAGAUAUCGUCCACCCCCAUUUUUCCUCCGCUGUUGUUUACGAAAGUCUGUGUACUAUACAUGUUGUACAUUUAUCACCCCCAUAAGAGAGGCGCAUAGCUUUAGGGCCAUUAUCUCGCCCGACCCAAU